CUCGGCCGGAAGAUGGCGGCGGCCGCGGAGCUGGCGCUGCUGGAGCGGUCCCUGGGGCUGAUUCUUAUUCCAGUUCUGCAGACCAACUCCGGUCCCAGUCUAACCGGCUUAGCCACCAUAGCGGCUCAUCUGGUCAAGCAGGCCAAAAAGGAACACUUGCUGGGGAGCACGGCAGAGGAGAAGGCCAUGGUCCAGCAGUGGCUGGAGUACAGGGUGACACGUGUGGAUGGCCAUCCCAGCCGAGAGGACACACACGCUCUGCUGAAGGAUCUCAAUUCUUACCUGGAAGACAAAGUCUACCUGGCGGGACAUAACUUCACUGUGGCGGACAUUCUCCUGUACUACGGGCUCCAUCGUGUCAUGGUCGCCCUCUCGGUGCAGGAGAAGGAGCAGUUCCUGAAUGUGUCACGCUGGUUCUGUCACGUCCAGCACCUCCCCGGCAUCCGGCAGCACCUGGCCCGUGUGGUCUUCGUCAAGACCCGGCUGUAUGCCCAGCCCCACUAGGCCAGAACCCCAGCCUGCGGCCCCUGGCCAGUGACCCCGGCCCGCGCCGCCCCCCCGGCCAGUGCCCCUGGCCAGCACUCCCGGCCAGCGUUCCCGGCCCGCUGCCGACUCCAGAGGGGCUUGUAUCUGGACGUUGUAUUUGUUCUUUAGUAGAAAUUCCGCCAAUUUCCACCGCCCUGAAAAGCUGGGUGGAACUCAGGUUCCAAAUGAGCCUCCCCUGCAGGUGCGAUGUGACUUCAGAGUGGUCAGUCUGUGGCGGGCUCUUUCUGCCACCAGGACACGGGCUCCCUGCAGCCUCCUGGGACCUUAGUCCAUGGGAGUUGCCAGCAGUUUGUGGAGAACUGUCCUCAGUUCUACCAGGACAGGCAGGCGGGUGUGUUCAGGUUGUACUUGAGCCAGUAAACGUGAUCGAGAAAGUC